AUGGCCUCAAAACUACCACCUAGAAGAGUUGUACAAGGGACAAAUGUGGGUAAUGUAGAUGUGAUACCAAGUGAAAAUAAUAUCAAAGCCAGAUGGGAUGACACAAACACUGAUCAAAUAGUACUAAAGAUAUGUGUUGAGGAGAUCCAGAUUGGUAAUAGACCACACUCACAUUUUACAAAGGAAGGUUUGAAAAAUAUAUUAUCAAAGUUUGCUACUAGAACAGGGUUUAGUUACAACCAUAAGCAACUGAAAAAUAGGUGGGACUGUCUCAAGAAAGAGUUUGACAUAUGGGCAAAACUAGUAGAGCACCAAAUAGGGCUUGGUUGGGAUCCUAUUAAAAGGACAGUGUUAACAAGUGAUGAUUGGUGGGAGAGAAAAAGACAAGAAAACCCAGAAUAUCUAAAAUGGAGAAAUGAGGGUCCAAAGUUCUUAGAUAUGAUGGAGAUAUGCUUUAAGGAUAUAGUGGCGACGGGCUAUAUGGCAUUGGUACCAUAUGUAGAACCAUCAUCAGAAAAUGAAGUUUCUAAUGAACGAUGA